CAACACUUAGCCUCGGGCUUCCAGACCAGAGAGCGCAUGAAGCGCGCGAAUCUCUCAAACCUUUGAUGUAACUGAUGGAAAUGAAAAUCUCGACAAUUGCGCAGUGAUACUGUAGAUAUGCUUUGUCUGUUUGGUGUGGAAAUCCUACUUACGUGUUUUAUCCGGGUGUUGGAGGAUGGAAGUGAUUGUGACCUAGAGGAAGGGUGGGGUUUGCGUUUACAGUCUGUUGGAGCUGUACGCUGCCAGAAUGACGCACAACGAACGUCGAACUCACUGGUUUAAAGAGGGCCUAAUUGGACUUGGCGUUGGCUGUUUGUAUGGAACAACAAGUGUAGCGGUAGGCCACCCGUUUGACACAAUCAAAACAAAGAUGCAGGCUCAGGCCGGAUUCGAGAAGACGACAAUGCUCCAAACGUUGACUAGAACACUGAGAACACAGGGAAUCAAAGGACUAUACAGAGGAUGUAUCCCGCCUCUGUGGGGGUCAGGAAUCUUCCGUUCAACGCAGUUUGCCGUCUUUGAGGCUGCGUAUACAUUUAUGGAUGGCACUUUUGUGACUAAAGAGAUUCCAAACACUGGUGGUCUGCAGAUUCGUGUUGUCCUUGGAGGUGUGAUAGCGUCGUCUGCUAGAGCUGUAAUUGAGACUCCUUUGGAACUGGCGAAGGUCAGAAGGCAGACAGGCCAGACGUGGUCAUUCAAUCGAUUAUAUCAGGGAUUUGGGGUAACCUGGAUUCGUACUGUUGGAUUGAUGACAACAUACUUUAUUCUAAUUGACUCUAUUCGACGUCACUACAAUGACCUUUUUCAACGCCCACUCAUAGGGCCAUUCCUUGUAUCAGGAUUUGCAGCCACUUUUGCGUGGUGGGUAGUUUGGCCAUUUGAGAAUAUGAAAUCUCAGGUACAAGCAGACUACGGCGAAAAAAUGCCUCUUUGGAAACGAAUGCAACUAACCGUGCGUGAAAAGGGCGGAUUCUUUGCUCUGUAUCGUGGAAUUGGACCUGGAAGUGUUCGAAGUUUUAUUGCCAAUGGUACUAGUAUGAUAGUAAUGUCGUGGGCACAGAGAAAAGUUUCGCAGCUUGGAUUAAGGAUAUGAGUUGCAUUUAUUGAAAAUAUGUCCACCCCUAAUGUAUAGUUGUUAUUACAUAUUGAUCUAAUAUAUUAUUAUCAUGGA